UUCGUUCUCUACAAAUAGCCUAAGCUCUCUCCCCUAAAUUCAUUUCAUCCCAUCAAUCACUUUCUUUCACUCUUCUUCUAAAACUCUAUUAGUUCAUUAAUUUCAUAGAGCUGAGAAAACUAACACGAUGAAUAGUUGCAGUAGCACUUAUUGUCAUGGGGGUCAUUGCACUUGUGGUAUGUUUCACAAUCAAAACAAUAGUAGUACUGCUUCUGCCUACUCGAUGCUCUAUAACCAGUAUCAGACAACUCCUUUUGAAGAAAAUUAUUCUGAUCAAAACAUGUAUUCUUUUGCUUCUUCUACAUCAUCUAAUUCAGUGGAUUGUACACUUUCAUUAGGGACACCUUCCACUCGUCUUAGUACCAGCAAUGACAAUAAUGAAAAGCGACUUCAGUCUAAUGAACGUCGCUCUAAUUCUUACAUGUCCAAAUGCUGGAAUAUUUUACAGUCCAAAAAUCAUAAGUCCAGUCGCGGCAGCAGCAAUGGCAACACUAACUCAGGCGGCGCUGAUCCUCUUGUUGCUCGCCGAUGUGCUAAUUGUGACACCACUUCAACACCUUUGUGGAGAAAUGGUCCUAGAGGUCCUAAGUCACUUUGCAAUGCGUGCGGAAUUCGUUUCAAGAAAGAAGAGAGAAGAGCCAGUGCGGCGGCGGCCACCGCAAACGGUGGCGGAAUGGAUCAUAUGAUAAACGGUGGUUCAUGGGUUCAUCAUUCACAAGCACAGAAAAUGCCGUGUUAUUCUUCAGCCGCCUAUGGAAAUCAUGAAUUCAGGUUCAUAGAAGACGAUGAUCGUGAUUCCGAUACUACCAUUCCCUUCUGGCCUUUUAUGGCGUCUCAACGUUGCUGAUCAGCUUACAAACCUAUCAACAAGAAGAAGACUGAAAAACGCAGCAUUUAGCAAAGUUUAAACUUCGAGCAAAGAAAAAUUUGCUUUUUUGGUCCCUCAAAUAUUAACAUAUUCUUAUUUUUGUCGUUAUGAUAUAUAGUUAAAGCACAUUUAACUUUCAGUUGAUUGAGAUGUGCACUUUUGAUCAUCUUAAAUUAAGUGACUAAAUUUUUAAUUCA